AUGACCGUCUAUCUUUGUUUAUUACCUCGACCAUCACACACGUCUCUUCUUUUUCUCUCCUUUCCUUUUAUGUUCACCUCUUUACUACUAACACAUCUAUCUAUCUAUCUAUUUCAGUCUGUUCAUAUCUAUCUCAGUCUGCUAUCUAUCUAUCUAUCUAUCUAUUUCAGAUGUGCUAUUUGUCUGUUCAUAUCUAUCUCAGUCUGCUAUCUAUCUAUCUAUCUAUCUAUCUAUCUAUUUCAGUCUGUUCAUAUCUAUCUCAGUCUGCUAUCUAUCUAUCUAUCUAUCUAUCUAUCUAUUUCAGUCUGUUCAUAUCUAUCUCAGUCUGCUAUCUAUCUAUCUAUCUAUCUAUCUAUUUCAGUCUGUUCAUAUCUAUCUCAGUCUGCUAUCUAUCUAUCUAUCUAUCUAUCUAUUUCAGUCUGUUCAUAUCUAUCUCAGUCUGCUAUCUAUCUAUCUAUCUAUCUAUCUAUCUAUCUAUCUAUUUCAGUCUGUUCAUAUCUAUCUCAGUCUAUCUAUCUAUCAUUCUAUCUAUCUAUCUAUCUAUCUAUCUAUCUAUCUAUCUAUCUAUCUAUCUAUCUAUCUCAGUCUGUUCAUAUCUAUCUCAGUCUCUAUCUAAAAAUCUAUCUAUCUAUCUCAGUCUGUUCAUAUCUAUCUCAGUCUAACAUCUAUCUAUCUAUCUAUCUAUCUAUCUAUCUAUCUAUCUAUCUAUCUAUCUAUCUAUCUAUCUCAGUCUGUUCAUACCUAUCUCAGUCUGCUAUCUAUCUAUCUAUCUAUCUAUCUAUCUCAGUCUGUUAUAUAUCUAUCUCAGUCUAUAUCUAUCUAUCUAUCUAUCUAUCUAUUUCAGUCUGUUCAUAUCUAUCUCAGUCUGCUAUCUAUCUAUCUAUCUAUCUAUCUAUCUAUCUAUUUCAGUCUGUUCAUAUCUAUCUCAGUCUGCUAUCUAUCUAUCUAUCUAUCUAUCUAUUUCAGUCUGUUCAUAUCUAUCUCAGUCUGCUAUCUAUCUAUCUAUCUAUCUAUCUAUCUAUCUAUCUAUCUAUCUCUGCAUCUCACGAAAUCUCUCAUUUUAAUGUCACUCACUCAUUCAUUUCUUACUUGCCUUUACCCCCUCCCCCGACUCGUUUUUUCUUUCCUCUUUUAUUACUCUAA